CGCGCCUUGACGAAUGUCGAUCACUAUAAUCUUUAUGUAAUGCUAAGAUAAAGAAUCACAAAAACGGAAAAAAGAUGCUUUAGUUUUGAGGUUACUAUAUCUUUUGCAUAAUGUCUCACACGAAACCCAAAGAAUUGGUGACUACUGGACGCAAUUUAAUUUCACUGUGAAAUUUGUGGCUGCUGUCAGUGCGCUGCGCAGUCCGGCCAUGUUGGACAGAUGUUCAGUGAAUUGAAAACUGUCUGAGAACUCUUGCGACCCCGCUGUGUAUCUGCAGCAUUUUAAUUUAAAAGUUGUGUGUAAUCUGCAACGAACAUAAUGGCUUCGUUAAUGGAAAGUUACGAACAACAAUACGCCGUUUUGACAGCUGAUAUAACUGCCAAAAUAGGAAAAUUAUCUAAUGCGCAUGGAGUGGAUAAAAAAUCCUUAGUUUUAGAUGUUGAGAGGCAUAUUGAAGAAGCUCAAGAAUUGCUUGAGCAAAUGGAGUUAGAAGUACGUGAAGUUGAAGCUGCUUCAAGGCCACGAUUAAGGACCAGAGUUGACAGUUAUAGAGCUGAACUUGGUCGAUUAAGCCAAGAGUUCAUGAAAGUACGAAGUCCACCUUUUCAAGAUGGUUUUUUUGGACAAGACGAUCUUUAUGGAACUGGAGUAAGCAUGAAUGAUGAACAGAAACUUCGCCUCCUAGACAAUACUGAAAGAAUGGAAAGAACAGGGCGAAAUUUAUCCACAGGCUAUCGUAUAAUUCUUGAAACAGAGGACAUCGGUUCACAAGUACUCCAGGAAUUAUCAGCGCAACGUGAAACCAUUCAAAAGUCUCGAAGCAGGCUCCGAGAAACUGACGCUGAGUUGGGACGAAGUACGAGACUUCUCAGUGGAAUGGUUAUGAGAUCAAUGCAACAUCGAUUCAUUCUCUUUGGAGUAGCUCUGGUGUUCUUAAUAGUCAUUAUAGUUGCAAUUACUGUGACUGUCAGUAAAUACACAUAGUAACCCUAUCAAAGGCAUCUAAGAAUUCUCACUUAUACAACUUAUUUCUGCCUUUUCUAUAAUCCUUUAUUUUACUCUUUACUAUUUCCUUUUCAAUAGUUUUUUCAUAUUUAUGAAGUAGUCAAAGAUGUAGAGAAAGAAAGAAGUGUUAAUGUUUUAAUGAAAUUUUUUUAUGUUGAAUUUUGACAAUCAAAUAUGUUUUAGAAUAGAAGAAGCUAGUACUUGGGUCUGAGUUUGUGUGGUUUUAUAUUGAGUAGUUGAGGGUAGAAGAAUAGUGAUUGGUUGUGUUUAGAUAUUUUACUCAUAAGACUUCUGGCAGUUGAAGGUGGAGGUCUUACAUGAUUCAUAUAUUAAACUGUGAUACAUAUGUGAAUAUGUCAGAGCUAAGCACAAAUGCUUAAAAGAUUUUGAUAUUUCCAGUUAUUAGUAUUGUAAAAGGCUUGCAAAGUAAGUUGCUGCAAUUUUUUAAGUCCUAAUUUUGGCAGCUUUAAAUGUUUGUAUGUAAACAAUUUUGUACUUGCAUUUUUUGUGCAUACAGCAAUAUGCAUUCCAUUGUGAUCGUUUUUUGUUUUGGUUGUAUUUUGUACGUAUGAGGUGCAUAUUUGAAUGUGUUCAAUGAAAUGAUUUCGCCAAGAUGGUGACUCACUCUUGUGAAGUAUUAAUGUAUACCAAAAAUAUUAUCACUUAUUUAUUUAUAAUUGCAAAUUGUAAAUAGCUAAUGAUAUUUUAAACAAAAUAACGUUUAUGAAUAAAAUACAUAUUAUGAACAAUUGUAACUUGUUGCCUUUACAGUUUUGUCUAUGCAUACUUCCACCACUUGGUGGAGAUGCUUUUGUAGAUCUGU